CCGCUACACCCGCCUCUCCCUCCCUCCGGCUGCUGACGGCUUUUGGGCGGAGAAAACAAAAGUAUUUCUUUCGGAGGGGACAUAGACAAAGAGGCCAGCGACCCAGAGAUCUAACUAGCGAUCCCCAUAUUAUCACUGAUAAUUUAGAAAGCGAAGCUGCAUACCAAAUAGCCAACUAGAUCUGGACAUCUACAUACGUUUAUCGAUCCACAACGCGACACUCUCCCAUUCCGUUGCUCGUGGCACCGUCCACAGUUUGGUUUCAGUUACAGUCCGGGGUCGUGGCUCUACCUUGAGGCUUUCUCCCGCUGCAAGCAACGCGUUCAAAGUGCUUCAAAGUUCCAAGUAAAGUGCAGCUGCAACAUUAUAUCUGGUGUCUAGACCGCAAAAAAGGCAGUGAUAAUGAUACGCUUCACGCUCUUGAUAGUGCUCAUGCCGUUGGUCAGUGUCGAUUCCGGUAACAAAGCACCAUACCCCGCCAUAGCAUCAGUGGCAGCCGCCGCUUCCAUUCAUCCUCCACCCGCAACGAGCAACGUGCCACACAAUUACCAGCAUCAUCAACGACAACCACACAGCCAUAAUGGCAACAGCAGCAGCAGAGGAAAUAUUCCAGUCAACGCCAGGAGAGAGGAGCGUUCAGCCCCAGCGGCUACCUCUGAGGAGGUCGUCUCCAAUGGCCUCCGCGACAAGAGAGGCACAAAUCAGGCGACAGCCACUCCGAGCCCAGCCCCUGGCUUCCAGUUGGAUCAAAACGAACUGCAUCGCCAGAAUCAGAUAACCCAACAAAUAUUCGCCAACUAUUUGGAGCGGCGACUGUUUCCCAAUCGCAGUGCCAACCAGAAGAUCCCCACCAUUGCGGACAUCCUCCCGAAGCCAAAGCCAUCGGCCAGGCCACGUCCCCGUGGCUUUGCGGCCAGUGAUGGGAGUGGCAAGCGGAGCGGCGGUGGGGCACAGCGGAAUCGUCUAGCAGCAGCAGCGGCCAAGCGGCAGACCAGCAGCUCCCAGAAGAAUCAAGGCUUCGAGGAGGAGCAGCAGCAGGAGGAGGACCAACAGCCGCAGGCCGCUGCCAACCAGGAGGACUUCGAAGACGAUGUCCAGGAGUCGCUGCAGAGCGUGGAAUCGGAGCAGCAUGAUCAGUACUAUGGCAACAUAUUCCAACGGGAUCCCAGCGAGAAUGAGAUCGAUGCGGACUGCCCGAACUGCGUGGACGAGUCACAGUACACGCCGAACAAAUGGACAAUGCCGCUGCUGAAGCUCGGGGAGAAGCGCUAUUACCUGGGCAUCUUCUUCAAGGCAAACUGGUUCAAAGCCACACAGUACUGCCGCUACCAUGGCAUGCAUUUGGCGAGCAUUUCAUCACAGGAAGAGAACGAUAGACUGGAGAAGCACAUACGUGACUUUGGCCUGGGCCACGAACAUUUCUGGAUAUCCGGCACGGAUCUGGCCGACGAGGGCAACUUCUUCUGGAUGGCCACCGGUCGUCCGAUAACAUUCACCAACUGGAAUGCCGGCGAGCCGAACAAUUUCCGGUACGAGAACGGGGAGGAGGAGAACUGCCUGGAGCUGUGGAAUCGCGAUGGCAAGGGCCUCAAGUGGAACGACUCACCCUGCAGCUUCGAGACAUAUUUCGUUUGUGAGGUGCAACCGAAUUAGGUGGCGCCACACCACACCACACCGCACAGAGCAUACCACACACAUCCAUUUAGGCAUAUAGCGAUUAGUGAUCCAAGGUUAGCAUUAACCCCCAGGUUAAAGUGAAAGUGGCAAGUGAAAGUGGAAGAAAAAACAGUGAGAGAAAGUAGGGUUUUAUGUAUGUAAUCUAAGUGUAUAAAAUUCUUGUUGAUAAUUAGUUAGUAAACGUAAUUAAAUUAUAAUUAGACUUCUCUCCGUCAAUCUUCUCAUGUAAUUCUGAACACACAAAAAGAAUACAAAUAAAAUGUAUGAUAAAAUAUU